UGGUUCAGUCUAUCUACCACGUACAUCUUCCCUUUUUUGCCGUCUCCCCCACUACGAUUUCUCUUCUUCGCUCGUUCGCUCGCUCUCCUUUUCUUUCUCCAUGAUUUUCUCUCUCUAGAUUCUCGAUAUCUCUCUCUCUCUCUCAAACUCAAAACAGCAUCUCUAAUUUAACGGAUCGCAUGUAUUGAUUUGCGGAAGUAAUUGAUUGUUGUCAAAUUAGGGUUUGAAUUGCAUUUAGAAAUGGUCUACGGAAGCUAGGGUUUUUUAGUUUUUCAAUUAUUUUUGGUCUUGGGUGGAUCUAGGGUUUUCGAAUUGGUGAAUUAAUUGAGGGGGAAAGUGUGAGUUAGGGUUAAGGGUUGAUGGUACUCGAAAGGAAAAAUGCAAGGCUAUGCUGCAUGGGCGGGAAGCUGAGGAGGAGAGGAAAAAGGAUCAUAUUCGGCACAUGUGGACUGCUCCCACUCGUGUUAACAACAAUUCAGUUGUAGCUGCUCCUGAUUUCGUCCCUUCUCCUCCUUCUUCUUCUUCGUUAUCUUCAGCUGAUUCUUUUUACAAGGAUGGACGCAAGGUCAGUGUUGGAGACUCUGCUCUGUUCAAACCACCCCAGGACUCCCCUCCUUUCAUUGGAAUAAUCCAAAGGCUGACUACUGAUAAAGAGAACAAGUUAAAGUUAGGUGUGAAUUGGCUUUAUCGACCUGCUGACAUAAAGCUUGGCAAAGGCAUCCUACUGGAAGCUGCGCCAAACGAAGUAUUCUUUUCCUUUCACAAGGAUGAAAUUCCUGCUGCAUCACUACUCCAUCCGUGUAAAGUUGCCUUCCUUCCGAAAGGUGUUGAACUUCCAUCAGGGAUUUGCUCAUUUGUGUGCCGGCGAGUUUAUGACAUUACAAACAAGUGUUUAUGGUGGCUAACUGAUCAGGAUUAUAUUAAUGAACGACAAGAAGUAGUGGAUCAGCUAUUAUCCAAGACACGUUUAGAAAUGCAUGCAACAGUUCAACCAGAUGGAUGUUCUCCGAAGACAAUGAAUGGUCCAACUUCAACAUCACAGGUAAAACCUAGUUCUGAUAGUGUACAGAAUAAUGCUGCCUCCUUUCCUUCACAAUCUAAGGGCAAGAAAAGGGAGCGUGGAGAUCAGGGGUCUGAGCCCAUUAAACGAGAACGUUUUUCUAAAAUGGAUGAUGUGGAUUCUGUUCAUAGACCAGAAAGCAUUUGGAAAUCUGAGAUUUCUAAAUUUACAGAGAAGGGGGGACUUGUGGAUUCUGAAGGGGUUGAGAAAUUGGUGCAUCUCAUGCUACCUGAGAGGAACGAGAGGAAAGUAGAUUUGGUUGGCCGGUCAAUGCUAGCUGGUGUGAUAGCAGCCACAGAUAAGUUUGAUUGCUUAAAUCGGUUUGUGCAGCUGAGGGGCUUGCCUGUAUUUGAUGAAUGGCUACAGGAGGUGCAUAAAGGGAAGAUUGGUGAUGGUAGUAGCCCCAAGGAUAGUGAUAGAUCUGUUGAGGAUUUUUUAUUAGUUUUGCUUCAUGCACUGGAUAAACUCCCUAUAAAUCUUCAUGCUCUGCAAAUGUGUAAUAUUGGCAAAUCUGUGAAUCAUUUGCGGACACAUAAGAAUUUGGAAAUACAGAAGAAAGCAAGGAGUUUAGUUGACAUGUGGAAGAAACGGGUUGAGGCUGAAAUGGAUGCAAAUGCAAAGUUUAGUUCUAACCAAGGUGUCACCUGGUCUACUAGAUCGCGCAUUCCUGAAGUUUCGCAGGUUGGGAAUAGACCAUCUGGUGUAUCCUCAGAGAUUGCAAUGAAGAGCUCAGUUGUGCAACUCUCUGCUUCGAAAAGUGGUCCAGUCAAGCUUGUCCAGGGGGAGACUGUGACCAAGUCUGCAUCAUCUCCAGGCCCCAUAAAAUCAACAGCAUCACCUGGCACAGUUGGUAAUAAUUUGAAAGAUGGACAGCUCAGAAAUAUUGGUGUCAGUGGCGCCUCAGAUCUACCUGCAUCUGCAGCAAAGGAUGAGAAAAGCAGCAGUUCCAGUCAGUCCCUCAACAAUAGUCAAUCUUGUUCUAGUGACCAUGCCAAAACUUCAGGAUUGCCGGGAAAGGAGGAUGCAAGGAGCUCUACUGCUGUUUCAAUGGCAACAAAUAAGAUCAUUGGUGGUUCUUUGCGGCAACGUAAAUCAGUUAAUGGGUUUCCAGGCCCAGCUGUAUCUGGGGUCCAAAGGGAUAGUGGAUCGAGCAGAAGUUCUCCCUUGCACAGAAAUCCAGGUUCAGAGAAAUUACAACAGUCCAGUUUGGCAUGCGAUCAGGCACUUGAUGUUCCAACGGCUGAAGGGUUCAGUCAUAAAUUCAUUGUUAAAAUUCCCACCAAAGGUCGCAGUCCUGCACAAAGUUCCAGUGGGGGAACUUUGGAAGACACUUCAGUCAUGAAUAGCAGAGAUUCUUCUCCUGUGCCUUCGGAGAGGCAUGACCAGUUUGAUCAUAAUUUGAAGGAAAAAAUUAAUUCAUAUCGAGUUAAUAUUGCAUCAGAUGUUAAGACCGAGUCGUGGCAAAGCAAUGAUUUCAAAGAGGUGCUGACUGGGUCAGAUGAGGGUGAUGGGUCGCCUGCCACUGUUCCUGAUGAAGAGCAUGGUUGUAUGGGUGAUGAUGCUAGUAAAUUAGGUGAAGUCUCAAAAGCUACACCCUCUUCAAAUGUGUAUGAACAUAAAUUUGGGAAGCUGCAUGAUGCAUCUUUCAGCUCCAUGAAUGCUUUGAUUGAAAGUUGUGCAAAAUACUCUGAUGGGAAUGCAUCUAUGUCAGUUGGUGAUGAUGUUGGUAUGAAUCUGCUUGCUAGUGUAGCUGCCGGGGAGAUGUCCAAGUCUGAUAUGGUUUCACCAACAGAUUCUCCACGGAGAAACAUGCCUAUCGAGCACCCCUGUGCACCAAGUGGUUCGAGAGCAAAAUCAUCACCACGUGAUGUUCCUGCUCAAAGCCAAGGUAAGCCUGUUGAUGAUGAAGAUGAGAAGCAGGGUAUUACUGUUGGUACUUCACUGUCCAAGAACAUAGGGGCUAAAACAGUUCUGUUUUCACAAGAAAAACACACAGGGGAGCUCAAUGGACCUCCCAAUUCUUCCCAUGUGGAUGGGAAGAAAAUUGCUGAACCAUGCCUAGAAAGCAAUGUGAAAUCAGAGGAAAUACUAUUAGCUGCUGUGUCCUCUGAAAGCAUGGCAGUGAAAACAUCAAAUUGUAGGGGCAAGGAGCUGUGGGAGAAAGAGGGUGGUGGCAGAUCAAAUUUAGAUGGCAUAUCUGAUGAAAAAGAAAAGUUGCAUGGUUCUGUCUUAAAUGAGAUCAACAAUACAGGAGUGCAAGAUGGGACUGAUGCAAUUGAUGUAUCAUCAACAAACCAUCCUGUAGAGACUGAUGGUGAGAACAAGAAAAAAAUGAAUAAAGAGCUGGAUGUUUCUGUUGGGGAUGAGCCAAAACCACCUGCUAUGUUGCAGUCUGAUUUUGCAAAAGGAACCAAUGAUGAAGUGCGCGAACCUUCUAGUUCUGGCAAGGAUGUGGUUUCUGAAAACAUGCAUGAUGUGAAGGCUGGUGAAACAGAUGGUAGGAGUCAUUCUACUGAGAAAAAUAAAAUUGAACAUGAAUGUAAUACAGCCUCAGCCACAACUGAUUAUGAAGGUGAGUGCAAGGUGGAGAGCUUGGGAGGCAUUCAGGUCAAUGAGCAAUGUAGUGCCAGACCAGCUGCUCACAAGGCAGCACCCACACUUGUUCAGGCACCAGAACUAGUAGUGUCAACAAGGUCAAAUUUGGCUGGCACUGGAGCUGAUGAAACAGAGGAAUGUAUGUCUGCCCCUGCUGCUGCUUCUUCUUUAUCUGCUACAGGGGGAUCGGAUCUGGAAGCAAAAGUUGAAUUUGAUCUGAAUGAAGGCUUUAUUUCUGAUGAUGGGAAAUAUGGGGAGUCAGGUGAUUUGAGAACACCUGGAUGCUCUUCUGCGAUUCAGCUAAUUAGCCCUUUUCCCUUACCUGUUUCUUCUGUGUCUAGUGGGCUUCCUGCUUCCAUUACAGUAGCCGCUGCUGCAAAAGGGUCCUUUGUUCCACCAGAGGAUCUACUGAAGAGUAGACGGGAGCUUGGUUGGAAGGGAUCGGCAGCCACAAGUGCAUUUCGGCCAGCUGAACCUAGAAAAGCUUUGGAGAUUCCAUUAGUUACAGCUAAUAUCUCACUACCUGAUGCAAUGGUUUCCAAGCCUGGUCGCCCCCUGUUAGAUAUUGACUUGAAUGUUCCUGAUGAAAGAAUCCUCGAGGAUUUGGCUUCACGAAGUUCUGCUCAGGAGACAGUUUCUGUUUCUGACCUUGCAAAGAAUAAUGAUUGUGCACGUGAUGCACUGAUGGGUUCGAUACCUGUUCGAAGCUCGGGGGGACUUGAUUUUGAUUUGAAUAGAGCAGAUGAAGCUAGUGAUAUUGGUAAUCACUUAACAAGCAUUGGCCGGAGGCUGGAUGCCCCACUUCAUCCCGCCAAAUCAUCUGGUGGUUUUCUAAAUGGAAAGGUUGGUGGUUGCAGAGACUUUGAUUUGAAUGAUGGCCCUCUUGUUGAUGAGGUGAGUGCUGAACCAUCACCACUUGGCCAGCAUACCCGAAACAUUGUGCCAUCUCAACCACUCAUUUCUAACCUUCGGAUGAACAGUACGGAAAUUGGAAACUUCCCCUCCUGGUUUCCUCAAGGAAAUCCUUAUCCUGCUGUCACAAUCCAAUCUAUCUUGCAUGAUAGAGGAGAGCAGCCUUUCCCAGUAGUUGCAACUGGUGGGCCUCAGAGGAUGUUGGCUUCCUCUACUGGCAGCAAUCCAUUUAAUACUGAUGUCUACAGGGGAGCAGUGUUGUCGUCUUCUCCGGCAGUGCCAUUUCCAUCUCCUCCUUUCCAGUAUCCUGUCUUUCCUUUUGGGACCAACUUUCCUCUUACCUCAGCAACAUUUUCUGGUGGUUCAGCAUCGUAUGUGGAUUCACCAUCUGGUGGGAGACUUUGCUUUCCGACAGUACCCUCUCAAGUAUUAGGUGCAGUCUCGUCUCAUUAUCCAAGGCCUUCUUAUGCUGUUAACUUCCCAGACAGUAACAAUAACAAUAAUGGUGCUGUGGAGAGCAGUAGGAAAUGGGGAAGACAGGGUCUAGAUCUCAAUGCUGGGCCUUUAGGCCCAGACAUGGAAAGUAGAGAUGAGACCUCAGCUCUUGCAUCGAGGCAACUAUCUGUUGCCAGUUCACAGGUCCUUACAGAGGAGCAAUCGAGGAUGUAUCAAGUGACCAGCGGAGGUGUUUUGAAGCGGAAGGAGCCAGAGGGUGGAUGGGAAGGUUAUAAGCAAUCCUCAUGGCAGUAGAUACUAGUGAUGAAUAAUGACAACCCAGUGAUCCACCUUUCUCCUGGAUGGAUGUUGGCUAACUACAAAAGAUCGUCUAACUUGUGAUCUCAAGGAUGGGUGGUAAGUGAGUUAUUUGAUGUUCAGUCUCCGACCCCCACCCUGUCGCUUUACCCAUUGCGCCUUACAAGAAAUCUGUCCGGGGUUGUUGAGCUGUUAUUUCCUUGAAUUUGAACUGGGUGGCUGCAGUUCACUUUCCUCUUUGUAGAUAUUUUAACCAAUGGAAAGCGUGCAUUCUGUGACUGUUGCCCAGACAUUCGAAAUUGGUGUCCAUACUGUUGUCCAGUGCAUCGACAAUUUAUACUGCUGGGUGCAAAACCAUCCUUCCUUUUCCAACCAUUUUGAGAAUGAAUGGUGAUUGGAUUAGUAAACUGCUUUAAGCAGAAGCCCUUUUGUACGUGCUUUGUUGUUAAGGAAUCUUUCUUCAUUUAUCUUUUCAUUCUCUCUUUAAUCACAUACAUAUAAGCAGAGUGGUCCGUGAAUUUUGGUGCUGAAGCCUUUCUUGCACUGGCAUGUGGUUUAGUUGACAAUGGUUGGAUGCUGUAUUCCUUUUAAUUUAUUCUAUUUUUUUUAA